CUGUGUCUUCGCGGCUGCCCUCUAUUCUUCUCUUGAGCACCCUUUUCUCCUGUCAUCCAUCACCUCUUUCGGCCGCGAGACAUCGAAAGAGGGGGUCUUUUCCCUUUCCUUCUUCUCCACCCCAACGAAAUUCAAAGAAAAAGGAGAAGUAAUAGAGUGGAGAGAAAGGAAAGGAUCCGAAAAGGAGCCUCUUUGCCGCGUGAAUCCUUGUUCCUGCUGGUGAAAAAAUCGGUGUUCUGUUGGAUUCGUAAAUCGUUCGGUUCUUGAGUUGGUUUUCCGAUUUCGAUCUGAAUUCAGCCCUUCCCCUACCUUCCCUCUGCCCAUUACGAAAUCUGAAAUCAGAAGACAAAAAACAAAGCAAAGAAGUGCAAGAAAGAGAGCAGAGGAAGGAAAAGACCUGACAACGAGAAACAGAGGAAACAAGAGGAAAAGGAGCAUCAUUGCCUUGUGAAUCCGUGUUCCUGCAGGCGUUGGAGUUGAAAAAAUCGGUGAUUCUGCCUGCUGGUUUUCGGAUUCCAAACUGAAUUGAACUCAAAAAGGGGUUAUUUUUCAUUGGGGUUUUUGUAAUUUUGUUCCCUGUCUCGGUUAAUCAAGAACUGAGUGAAUAAGGUUGCAAGAUCAAUUAAAUUGGAAAAGAAAAAAAAUGUCUGGUUACGUUGGGGUUCUUGUCUCCGAUCCCUGGCUCCAGAGCCAAUUCACCCAGGUUGUACUACGGGGCCUCAAAUCCAAGUUCCUCUCUUUGAAGAGGGAGUCGGGCCAAGUGGCGGUUAGUAACUUGCCGGCAGCGAUGGGAAAGCUCAAGGGUCUCAAUGAGGUGCUCACCGAGGAAGAGAUCUCUGCAGUCUUGUGCGAGUCAUACCCUGAUACCAGCCAGGAGAUUGACUUUGAAACAUUCCUUCGGGCAUAUCUAAAUCUCCAAGCACGGACUGCAGGCAAAUUGGGCGUUUCAAAAGACUCAUCAGCAUUCCUGAAGACCGCUACAACCACACAAGUGCACACUAUUAGCGAAUCAGAGAGAGCUUCUUAUGUGGCACAUAUCAACAGUUAUCUUAGAGAUGACCCAUUUUUGAAGAACUAUCUCCCGCUUGAUCCGGGUACAAACGAUCUCUUCAACCUUGCAAAGGAUGGUGUUCUCCUCUGCAAGUUGAUCAAUGUUGCCGUGCCGGGGACCAUAGAUGACAGAGCAAUUAACAAAAAACGAGUACUAAACCCAUGGGAGAGAAAUGAGAAUCACACUCUUUGCCUCAACUCAGCAAAAGCCAUUGGGUGCACCAUAGUUAAUAUUGGAACACAAGAUUUAGUUGAAGGAAGGCCACACCUUGUGCUUGGAUUGAUAUCUCAGAUUAUAAAGAUACAACUGUUAGCUGAUCUCAACUUAAAGAAGACACCUCAACUAGUGGAGUUGGUAGAUGACAGCAAGGAUGUGGAGGAACUUAUGAGUUUGGCACCAGAAAAAAUGUUACUUAAAUGGAUGAACUUUCAUCUCAAGAAAGCAGGCUACAAAAAAAAUAUAACAAAUUUUUCUUCUGAUGUUAAGGAUGGAGAGGCUUACGCAUACCUUCUUAAUGUUCUUGCCCCUGAGCAUUGUACCCCGGCAACUUUGGAUGCCAAAGAUCCUACUGAAAGGGCUAAAAUGGUGCUUGAUCAUGCAGAGAAAAUGGACUGCAAAAGAUAUCUUAGCCCAAAGGAUAUCGUUGAGGGCUCACCAAAUCUCAAUCUUGCGUUUGUUGCACAAAUAUUCCAUCAUAGAAAUGGUCUGUCUAUAGAUAGCAAAAAAAUCUCCUUUGCAGAGAUGAUGCCUGAUGAUGUGCAAGUGUCUAGAGAAGAAAGGGCUUUUCGGUUAUGGAUCAACAGUCUUGGAGUUGAUACAUAUGUUAAUGAUUUGUUUGAGGAUGUCAGAAAUGGAUGGGUUCUUUUGGAAGUACUUGACAAAAUUUCCCCCGGAUCAGUUAAUUGGAAGCAUGCAACAAAACCUCCCAUCAAGAUGCCCUUCAGAAAAGUAGAGAACUGCAAUCAAGUUAUAAGGAUUGGGAAACAGUUAAAGUUCUCACUUGUUAACAUAGCGGGUAAUGACAUCGUACAAGGAAAUAAGAAGCUAAUUCUUGCUUAUAUGUGGCAGUUGAUGAGAUUCAAUAUUUUACAACUCCUAAAGAACCUAAGAUGCCAUUCACAAGGAAAAGAGAUAACAGAUGCUGAUAUCUUAAAUUGGGCCAACCGUAAAGUGAAGAGCACAGGCAGAACUUCUCAAAUCAAAAGUUUCAAGGAUAAGAGUAUAUCAAAUGGCUUAUUUUUCCUCGAGCUUCUCAGUGCUGUAGAGCCAAGGGUUGUUAACUGGAACAUUGUUACCAAGGGUGAAACAGAUGAGGAGAAGAGAUUGAAUGCUACAUACAUAAUCAGUGUGGCGAGAAAACUUGGGUGUUCCAUCUUCUUAUUGCCUGAGGAUAUCAUGGAGGUAAACCAGAAGAUGAUUCUCACUCUCACAGCCAGCAUCAUGUACUGGAGCCUGCAGCAAGCAUCCGAGGACUCUGAUCGCUCUGAGCUGUCUGCGGAUGAUGCCUCCUCACAGAAAGCUCUGUCCGAGCUGUCUGCUGAUGAUGCUACCUCGCAAAAAUCUCCGUUAUCCGAUGGAGAAGAUGGAAGUGUUGCUGCAGAGAGCAUUUCAAAUUUAUCCAUAGAUGAUGCUGCAUCAGACACUUCACAGGUAGAGAAUGGUAAUUCUUCUGUUGGGGAAUGAGAACAUGCAGAAUGGAAACACCUACUCGAACUCUUAUUCAAAGAGCAGCGAAAGAAAAGAGAAUGUGUGCCUGCAGCUUGACGGCACCGUAUAUCCCAUUUUCGCACUGCCAUAUGGAGAUCUUCCUUCUCUGUAUCUUAAAAGUCUUAAAACAUAUAGAAAUCUGUGUUUUUCCCAUAUAUUUUUUCAUUUUAAGGUUAGAGGACAAAUAGAUACAGGUAUAAAAAUGCCUUUUAGGUCUCACCUUUUUUAGAAUAUAUAUUCAUCUUGACAGUCAAUUUAUAAAUCUCAAGCUGAAUAAAUAUGUAUUGAGAAAUGAUUGCCAGUUGAGGCUUUGUGGUUGAUGAUAGUUUUUUGAGAUUUUAUUUCCUUCAA